GGACAAAAUUGGUUCCUUUAGGAACUGUACGUGCACCUUUGGAUGCAUACGGUUCAAAAAAAUUGCGAAAAAAGAAUCAAUGUGUCGAUUCCAGUUCUAUUUUUUUUUUUUUUUUUUCUGUAAUAGGUUUUUGUUUUUCUAAUAAAGCUUCCAUUUUUAAAAAGACAUGAGAUGAGUUUUGGCUUCCUUACCUAUAAAAAAAGAAUUUACUGAACUUAUUGAAAUUGAACAAAUCUCUCUCAUUGAUGUAUUGUUUCAUCGACAUUCAAAUCACGAUGUAAUUUUCUUGUUUCUGAAUGGGCCUUUUCAAUUCUUUUAGGUUCAUGUUCUACUCCGGGAAAAGAUCUGUCCGAAUUCCAUUUGCACAUAUAGGGCAAAUGGUCUCAGUACCACUUCUUUUUGUUACGACUUUUUUUUUCAAUUCGUUUCAUGCCUUUCCCCAAUCAUUCGAUGUACUCAUCAUACUAUUCCGUUGGUUAUUGGUUGGACGUUUGAAAUCACUCCUAUAAUAAGGAUAAGAAUCGUUUAUGAUACAAGCGGUAAUCAUACAUUACAUGGAUUACCAAUUUGGUAUUUUCUGAACGGAGCCUGGAUACUUUAUUACUUUAUUUUAUCUGGAUACUUUAUUACUUUAUUUUAUUUUUAUUUUUCCAAGUCAACCAUAAAUUCUCCUAAUUGAUCCUCAAAAUAAAUAAAUUGAUCUAAUUGCACUUCACGCUCCGAAUGAUUGAUGGUUCACUCAAUACAAUAUUUCUUAGGCGAAACAGAGGAUAUUUCGAUCGAGGGAGAGAACGGGUAAAUUCCAUAUAACCCAAUAUGUCUGACAAGUCGCACUAUAAGUCAACCCAAACUGCAUCUUCCUCUCCAGGACUCCGAAAAGGUACUUUUGGAACACCAACGGGCAUUAAAUUAAAGAAAAAAUUGAGUACUAUACUUCACUUUAAUGUGGAAACAUAACAAUGGCUUUAUCGUCUUCAUCCCUUUUUCUGUUUAUUGUAUUUUAUACAUAGAUUUUUAUACAUAAAUUGGAAGGUUUAUUUUAUAGAGUAAGACAGAAUGAAUAAAGAAAAAUUUUAACUAACGGAUCAAUCGUUGGAGUAAUAAACAAGUAUCUAUGCAUUCGUUUCCCGAAAGUAGAACUAAUCCUCCCAUUGCGUAUUGGUACUUAUCGGGUAUAGAAUAGAUCUGCUUCUCUUUGUUCUUACGAACAGAAUUGUUCCAUUAUUUUCAAUGGAACGGAAUAAAAAUUAACCCUUUCUCAUACGGAAUCUACUGAAAAGGUUAGAUACAUAGUAUAGUCUUUUCCAAUGCGAUAAAAUAAAGUGACAUAGUGUCUAUUUUUCUUUGAUAAAGGGGUAUUUCCAUGGGUUUGCCUUGGUAUCGUGUUCAUACUGUCGUAUUGAAUGAUCCCGGUCGAUUGCUUUCUGUCCAUAUAAUGCAUACAGCCCUAGUUGCUGGUUGGGCCGGUUCGAUGGCUUUAUACGAAUUAGCGGUUUUUGAUCCCUCUGACCCCGCUCUUGAUCCAAUGUGGAGACAAGGUAUGUUCGUUAUACCCUUCAUGACUCGUUUAGGAAUAACCAAUUCGUGGGGUGGUUGGAGUAUUUCAGGAGGAACUGUAACGAAUCCCGGUAUUUGGAGUUAUGAAGGUGUGGCAGGGGCACAUAUUGUGUUUUCUGGCUUGUGCUUCUUGGCAGCUAUCUGGCAUUGGGUGUAUUGGGACCUAGAAAUAUUCUGUGAUGAACGUACGGGCAAACCAUCUUUGGAUUUGCCUAAGAUCUUUGGAAUUCAUUUAUUUCUCUCAGGGUUGGCUUGCUUUGGCUUUGGCGCAUUUCAUGUAACAGGUUUGUAUGGUCCUGGAAUAUGGGUGUCCGAUCCUUAUGGACUAACUGGAAAAGUACAACCCGUAAGUCCAGCGUGGGGCGCAGAAGGCUUUGAUCCUUUUGUUCCCGGAGGAAUAGCCUCUCAUCAUAUUGCAGCGGGUACAUUGGGCAUAUUAGCAGGCUUAUUCCAUCUUAGUGUCCGUCCGCCUCAACGUCUAUACAAAGGAUUACGUAUGGGCAAUAUUGAAACUGUACUUUCCAGUAGUAUCGCUGCUGUUUUUUUUGCAGCUUUCGUUGUUGCUGGAACUAUGUGGUAUGGUUCAGCAACUACCCCAAUCGAAUUAUUUGGUCCCACUCGUUAUCAGUGGGAUCAGGGAUACUUUCAGCAAGAAAUAUAUCGAAGAGUUAGCGCCGGACUAGCCCAAAAUCUGAGUUUAUCGGAAGCUUGGUCUAAAAUUCCCGAAAAAUUAGCUUUUUAUGAUUACAUUGGUAAUAAUCCAGCAAAAGGGGGAUUAUUCAGAGCAGGGUCAAUGGACAACGGGGAUGGAAUAGCUGUUGGGUGGUUAGGACACCCCGUCUUUAGAGAUAAAGAAGGGCGCGAGCUUUUUGUACGUCGUAUGCCUACCUUUUUUGAAACAUUUCCGGUAGUUUUGGUAGAUGGAGACGGAAUUGUUAGAGCCGAUGUUCCUUUUAGAAGGGCAGAAUCAAAGUAUAGUGUUGAACAAGUAGGUGUAACUGUUGAGUUCUAUGGUGGCGAACUCAAUGGAGUCAGUUAUAGUGAUCCUGCGACUGUAAAAAAAUAUGCUAGACGUGCCCAAUUAGGUGAAAUUUUUGAAUUAGAUCGGGCUACUUUGAAAUCUGAUGGCGUUUUUCGUAGCAGUCCAAGGGGUUGGUUCACUUUUGGCCAUGCUACGUUUGCUUUGCUCUUCUUUUUCGGACACAUUUGGCAUGGCGCUAGAACCUUGUUCAGAGAUGUUUUUGCUGGCAUUGAUCCAGAUUUGGAUGCUCAAGUGGAAUUUGGAGCAUUCCAAAAACUUGGGGAUCCAACUACAAAGAGACAAGUAGUCUGAUACAACAUUGCUCUGGUAUCUUUCGCCUCUUUUUUUGAUUUGACAUAGGGUUAGGGUACUGAAGAAAUCUUGACUUGAAUCACCAUCUUUUCUUUGACUCUUUCCUUUUCUUUAUAUGGUAAAUGAUGCCAAAUGAAUAGGUGUGGAAGCUAUAAUUGUAAACCACGAUCGAAUCUAUGGAAGCAUUGGUUUAUACAUUCCUUUUAGUCUCGACUUUAGGGAUAAUUUUUUUCGCUAUCUUUUUUCGAGAACCGCCUAAGGUUCCAACUAAAAAAUGAAAUAAUUUUUCAUUAUCUCAGUUGAAGUAAUGAGUCUCCCCAUAUGGGAGGCUCAUUACUUCAACUAGUCCCCGUGUUCUUCGAAUGGAUCUCUUAGUUGUUGUGAGGGUUGCCCAAAAGCGGUAUAUAAGGCGUACCCAGUAAAGCUUACAAGUAAACCAGAUAUGAAGAUGGCGACUAGGGUUGCUGUUUCCAUUUUUAGACAAUUUCAAGAUCACAAUGGAUCUACGAUAAGAUCGUUUAUUUACAACUACAACGGAAUGGUAUACAAAGUCAACAGAUCUCAACCAAUGAUUAAAUAGGAUUUAUGGCUACACAAACCGUUGAGGAUAGUUCUAGAUCUGGGCCAAGACAAACUACUGUAGGGAAUUUAUUGAAACCAUUGAAUUCGGAAUAUGGUAAAGUAGCUCCGGGCUGGGGACUACACCAUUAAUGGGAGUCGCAAUGGCCCUAUUUACGGUAUUCCUAUCUAUUAUUUUGGAAAUUUAUAAUUCUUCCGUUUUACUGGAUGGAAUUACAAUGAGUUAAGUUUAUAAGAACUUUGAAGUCCUAGUUUUCAAUCAAAAAAAUUACUUUACUUAAAACUCGGAUUUCUAGACCAUUCUGGUAGUUCGACCGUGGAAUUUAUUUGUUUCGGUAUCUCCGGAAUAUGAGUGUGUGACUUGUUAUAAUUGAUCCUAUUGAUAAUACAGAGAAUGGUCCUGUUAUCUCUAUCGAGAUGAUUCUAUUUCGUCGGAUAGUUAUUCUAGUAUCUGGAGCACGGAAUAUAUAUAAAGGAAUAUAGAAUAGAUUAAUAAAAGAAAUAUUAAAACUAUGAUUCAUACCUACUAUUCAGACCUCGCAACCGGACUCAGAAAUUUUCAAAUAGAUAUUUCCUAAAUCAAACGAUUUUUCUUCCUUCGGACUUAUUUUUUUCUUGACCGAAGGACAACUCUUUUUCUAGAUUUUGUUGAGUCAUUACAUUCAUCGAAUAAGUGAUCAUCAAAGGGUUCUUACUCAGAGAACCUUUGAGUUUAGCUUGAGGCUUUGCUUUAUUAAAUUAAAUCAUCGUGGUUCUAGUAUGAAUCUGGGGUUUCAAUUGAUUCAUAGGGUCUCAACAAGCAAAUUCCUAUCAAUAGUAAAACAAGAAUCAAUCCGCAUUACACAAAAAAACAAGAAAUAAAAUAACAAAUAAAAAAAUAGGGAAGAGAAGAUUCAAAAGGCCUGUAAUGAUCAACAUCAAAAGAGACAGAUGAGCCAACUUGAUAUUUUGAGGCAUUAUCAUACAAAGAAGAAAUUUCUUAUUUUUGUUACUUCGUAUCUUCGGGUCGGGGCAAAUCAAGCGGCUAAGCUAAGAAGUUUUUAACUUUCUAUUACAUAUCCGUUGAAAUCAGCAUUUGUGUGUUUCUGCUUGAGCCGUACGAGAUGAAAUUUUCAUAUACGGUUCUCAGAGGGGGAGUCCCUUGGCCUUGGUUACCUAUCUCAAUAAAGUAUAUGAUUGGUUUGAGGAACGUCUUGAGAUUCAGGCGAUUGCAGAUGAUAUAACUAGUAAAUAUGUUCCUCCUCAUGUCAACAUAUUUUAUUGUUUAGGGGGGAUCACACUUACUUGUUUUUUAGUACAAGUAGCUACAGGUUUUGCUAUGACUUUUUACUACCGUCCAACCGUUACAGAGGCUUUUUCCUCUGUUCAAUACAUAAUGACCGAGGCCAACUUUGGUUGGUUAAUCCGAUCAGUUCAUCGAUGGUCAGCAAGUAUGAUGGUUCUAAUGAUGAUCUUGCACGUAUUUCGUGUGUACCUUACAGGUGGAUUUAAAAAACCCCGCGAAUUAACUUGGGUUACAGGUGUAGUUUUGGCUGUAUUGACGGCAUCUUUUGGUGUAACUGGUUAUUCCUUACCUCGGGACCAAAUUGGUUAUUGGGCAGUAAAAAUUGUGACAGGCGUACCUGAAGCUAUUCCCGUAAUAGGAUCGCCUUUGGUAGAGUUAUUACGCGGAAGUGCUAGUGUGGGCCAAUCCACUUUGACUCGUUUUUAUAGUUUACACACUUUUGUAUUGCCUCUUCUUACUGCCGUAUUUAUGUUAAUGCAUUUUCCAAUGAUACGUAAGCAAGGUAUUUCGGGUCCUUUAUAGAAUCAUAGAUAUUUGUAAUUGAUCAUAUAUCAUACUGGGGAGGAACGAUAGACAAUAAUAUUUCAUUGCUAGAAAUAUGGAUUAUUGAAAAAAUAAGACAUGUUAUUUGGAUACUUUUCUUCAACUUCGAGGUAUUGUAUUCCUUAUUUGAUACGAAUAGUUGAAGUGAAUUUUCCGAAGAGAGGAUGGAUUAUGGGAGU